CUUUAUUGUGACUAUCUCCGACAUUAAUCAUAUGACAACAUUGAUCGAAGGAUAUGACCCGCGAGAUGAGGAAAUUGUGUCCCAAUUUUGACAGAGAAGAUGGGCUAGAGACGGUGUUGGAAGUGCCAAUUCCGGAGGAAAUGUUUUCGAGCAUGGGGAAUAAUGUUGCUGUUCGAUGGCAAAACAUGUCGACAUGGAUGAAAGCUCAAACAUUGGAUAAGUGGUCAUCACCAGUUAUUGUUGCCCGUUACAAUGAGAUGAGCUUCCUGCUGUAUACUUUAGGAUCUCCUUUGAUCCCUCUCCAAGUUCAUUUGGACCCUUCUGUUCAACGCCCUAUAAAAAAUUCCCCAAUAGAGGCAUCGACGGCUAAGUACAUAAUCACGCAAUACAUUGCAGCAAUAGGAGGACAAGCUGUAAUAAAUAAUGUGCGUAGCAUGUGCAUAAUUGGACACAUAAAGAUUGGGACGUCUGAUUUUCAUCAAGGUGACCAAAAUGUUAAAGCAAGGACAAAUGAGGAGCGAGGUGGGUUUUUGCUUUGGCACAAGAACCCUAACCUAUGGUGCCUUGAGAUGCUCAUAUCUGGAUGUAAAGUUAUAUCUGGAAGUAAUGGUAAAAUAGUCUGGAGGCAAUCCUCUAAUCAACAAAGGCCUAUCAGUAAAGGCUCUCCCAGGCCUCUUCGUAGAUUUUUGCAGGGUCUUGAUCCCAGAUCUAUAGCCAACUUAUUUAUAGGCGCAGUGUGCAUAGGGGAGAAGAUAAUAAAUGGCGAAGAUUGUUUCAUACUUAAACUCGAGACUACGCAAUCUGAUUUAGAGGCACAAAGUGGUCCAAACUUUGAAAUAAUUCAUCAUACCAUAUGGGGAUACUUUAGUCAAAGAUCAGGACUUUUGGUGAAGUUCGAAGACUCAAGACUCCUCACCGUGAAAUCGAGUAGAGAAGAAGAAGGGGUAUUUUGGGAAACAAGCAAUGAGUCCAUGAUUGAAGACUAUAAGUAUGUGGAUGGUGUUAAUAUUGCGCAUGGCGGAAAAACUUUUGUCACUGUUUUCAGAUAUGGUGAACAAUCAGCAAAUCACAAGAGGGAACUCCAAGAAACUUGGAAAAUAGAAGAUGUUGACUUUAAUGUUGAUGGCUUGUCUGAUGAGUUCUUCAUGCCUCCUACCGAAUUUAAGAAAGAUUUUUGAGCUGGACAAAAUGUAUAUGUUCCUUGAAGAAUUAGCUAGCACUAACUUUUGUUUUUUGCUUUUUAUGUUGAUAUUGUAAAUUUGUGAGUUUUUUGCA